AUGACUCAGGGGCAGCGCAAGUUCCAGGUGCAGAGGCCGGCCAAGGGCAAGACACUGCCGUGGCGGAGGCCUGGGAGCAGAACCAGGCGGAGGCUGAGGAAGGGAGGUCGUGGUACUACCCCUAAGAAGGUGCACAUUGUGCAGCAGCGAAAGCUCAAGAAGGACCUGGAGGUCAGGUUCCGGAAGAAGACGGAACAUGAUGUGGUGAUGAAAGCCAGCACCAGCCUGCCCAAGAAGCUGGCAUUUCUGAAAGCCUUCGCCAAGAAGUAGGCAGCCUCU